CCACGCUGUUUCGAAGGAGGUGGGCCUACCAACUGUAUCCAAGUGGGUGCGUGUGUUUGUGUGUAUUAGUGUGUGUGUGUCCGUCUCGACGUAGCUCGAAACGUGUCUGUCUGCAGACAAACACACACACACAAACGUGAGACGUGGUAGUUGACGGUUUUUGUUCAAUUGAAAGUUUUUUUGUUGCCCUCAGACUGGUUCGAUGCUGUACCACGCGCCACUCCGCGUAACGCAGGAGUUACUGAUUCUGUUUUUACUAAAGACUGUCCGCUCCUCCUCGUCCUCUCGAUGAAGCGCUGCGAUGCCCUCUGAUUUUAUAUCCCUCCUCACCUCGGAGAUCGACCUCAAUUCCCCUAAAUCUCUCUACUCUAAAGAGUCGGUCUAUGACCUCCUUCCCAAAGAGCUCCAGCUGCAGCCAUCGUCCGCACAGACAGACCCACCCACCAUGAGCCAGAAGAGUGGGGGAGAGGGGGGACCGCCCCCGUCUGACGCCUUGGCCUCAGAUGCCACCUCUUCCACCUCCAGUCCUUCUGCUUCUUCGUCCCUGGCCUUGGGACUUUCAUCCAGCGGCGCCUCUACCUCAUCAUCAGACCAUCUCAAGGUUGCUCCGCAUCUCCACUCCACUGGAGGGGAUGGCGUUGGAGCUUCAGAGAUGCAAGGUACGGAGGCUGCCGGGUCUGUCCCCAGCAGAGACAACAGUGGAGCAAACGCCACCACAGCGGGAGACAUGGGGUCAGGAGUGCUGUUGGGGCUAGCUGUGCAGCAGCUUCAGAACACCCCGUCAAAACGAAGACCCGUGUUGAGCAUAUCCCCACCACCUGAGGACCUGUUUGACGACAGUCAAAUGUCCUGCCAAGAGGAGCCUACCACGUCUGGUGCGCUAGGUCCAGACUCUGAGCACAGCAGCAGCAUGUGGGCCGACGAUUCCGUCUCCAACUUCAGCCUGGUCAGCACCGUUUCCUACAAUGACAACACAGAAGUGCCACGCAAGUCCAGAAAACGCACCCCCCGCCAGCGACCUGGUCCCAAGCACACUCCGCCUGAGGACAGCAUGGACGUCUUUGAUGCCGACAGCGCCAAGGGUCCUCAUUUUGUCCUGUCACAGCUUGGCACAGACAAGGCCAGCCCUCUGGAUUCAGGGACUGCAGUGAAAGGAGGGUCACUGUCAGCUCAGUUCCCCCAGAGGAGUGAUGGAAAGGAGCUGAAGAUCCUGGUGCAGCCAGAGACCCAGCACAGAGCUCGCUAUCUAACUGAGGGCAGCAGAGGUUCAGUUAAAGAUCGCACCCAGCAGGGAUUCCCCACUAUCAAGUUGGAAGGCGUUCAUGAAUCAGUCGUGCUGCAGGUGUUUGUGGCAAAUGAUGCAGGCAGAGUGAAACCUCACGGUUUCUAUCAGGCGUGCAGAGUGACGGGACGCAACACCACCGCCUGCAAGGAGGUGGACAUAGAGGGAACCACGGUCAUAGAGAUCUCCCUGGAGCCCAGCAGCGACAUGACACUCGCGGUGGACUGUGUAGGGAUUCUGAAGCUACGUAACGCGGACGUGGAGGCCCGUAUUGGUGUGGCGGGAUCUAAAAAGAAGAGUACACGCGCCAGACUGGCCUUCAGAGUCUGCAUUCCCCAACCUGAUGGAUCCAUGCUUACUUUACAGGUCCCCUCAUCACCCAUCCUUUGCACCCAGCCUGCUGGAGUGCCAGAGAUCCUGAAGAAGAGUCUUCACAGCUGCUCAGUGAGAGGAGGAGAGGAGGUUUUUAUUAUUGGAAAGAAUUUCCUUAAAGGAACCAAAGUCAUAUUUCAGGAAAACAUUGCAGAUGAUAAUUCCUGGCAAGCUGAGGCAAAGAUUGAUAUGGACCUUUUUCAUCAGAAUCAUCUGGUUGUGACGGCCCCUCCGUUCCACAACCAGUCCAUCACUUCUCCUGUGUCUGUGGCGAUCUUUGUGAUGACCAAUGCUGGUAGAUCUCAUGAGCCUCAGCCGUUCAUCUACACCCCUGAGUCAGCUGAGAAUUCAACCAUCCAGACCGUAAAAACAGAAGGGCCCUCUCUGGUCAACACCUGUGUGUAUGAUGGCCAGAUCAAGUCUCUGUCCUCUGAGCAAACAGACUGUUCUGGCCAGCCCUCCAAACGCCAAGAGGACACACCUAUGGAGGUGUCCAGCAAUCCUCAACCCACAGAUGUCUUUAAACCAACCCCUGACCCCCUCAUCUCGAUGCAGCAAACCCUGGAGCUCAGCUCAAGUCCUCAUCCGCGUGGAGAUUCAUUUGAGAGUCCGAUGCCCUUGCAGCCUGAAGACGUGGAGCUUCCCCAAGCACCCCCUGUCUUCCCUAGCCUAGAGUCUCUCAACACCAUACAAAAGCCAGACAUUACUUCAACAACCACAUUUCCCGUGUCUGGAGAUACCACCAUCCCCCCAGUAACGCCAGAAGUCCCUCAGCAGUUUCUACGAGACCCCCAGGAAAGCUUGUCACCUGAGAGUUCAGAUAGCAGUGGAAGGAUUGUGGUUGUUGCCAUGCCUCAAAUCAGCACUCCUUCUCAACCACAACAACAGCCACAGGUCCCGCUGUUUCCCCAAGAAGGUGUAACUCAGCUCGAGAGGGCAGUGAGAGAGCUCCAGGCUGGAGGUAACCCUACACUCCAGCAGGUGCUGGAGGCAGCUGUGGCGCAGCAGCAGCUGAACUCGGUGCUUUACAACCCCACGCCCUCAGCAGAAACCUUACAGCAGCAUGUUCAAGAAAACAUGAACAGUCUCAGGCUGGGAACCUCAGAAACGUCACUAUCAGCCCAACAACGGCUGCAGAUGCAACAGCAGCAGCAGCAACAAAUGCAGCAGCAGUUCCAGCAACAUCAGCAACUGCAGCAGCAGCAGCAAAUCCUAGAAAACCUUCAACAGCAGCAGCAUCUGCAGCAGCAGCAGCAGCAAGUCCUCAACAACAUGCAGAUCCAGCAGCAGCUCCUGUUAGAGUCACAAGAUCAACAACUGCAGCAGCAACAAAUCAUUGAAAAUAUUCAGCAGCAGCAGCUGCAACAAAAUCAACAAGUCAUUAACAGUAUCCAGCUUCAGGAUCAGCAACAACAAAAUCAAAUUCUUUCCAAUUUACAGCAACAUCAACUACAACAACAGCAGCAAAAUCAGGCACUGAGCAACUUACAACAACAGCAACAGCUGCAGGAACAACUGCAGGAGCAACAGGCCAUAGAGAAGUUGCAGCAGCAGCUGCAAGCCGAGCUGCUCCAGCCUCAGAUUCACGCCUCCACCCAAGGCCAGCAGCCUGUGUCCCUCCUGCAGCAGGCUGGAGAGCUGCUGACCAUCCAGACCAGCUUUCCCACACCUCCUCCGUCACACACGUCUCCCCCACAACAACUCUUUCAGUCACCCAGACCUCUGGCUGAGACUCAGAGUUCCCAAGAGCAGGUCCAAGCGGCGCUGCUCCAGAAUACACUGACUGUUCUCACUAGCGGGAGCCUCGGCUCAGAGCAGCAGUCCACCCCGUCAACUAUAUAUCUGUCCACCAACCCUUCACCCCAGCAGCCGCCCCAGCAACAACAGCUAGCAUUCAUCUCUUCCAUGGAGACGUCCACCAACCAGCCUCAGUCUGUUUCGAUGUUUCAGAACCAACCCCAAGCCCAGUUGUCUCAGAUGCAGCCACAGAGCACCCCAAUGGAGCAGCAACAGUCUCCACAGCAGAACCAACAGCAACAACACCCACAGGGCUCCUUAUUCCAAAACAUCCCAAACCACUCACAGACAAACCCGGUUUCCCAGAAUCAAAUGUCACAGCCCCAACAAACGAGCCUGCUUCUGUGUACUACAGACCUUAGUAACCCACAGGCUAUCCUCUUCAGCACUCAGUCCCAAGGAAGCAUCAGUGUUGGACUCUCACAAUCAGACUCUGAGCCCAUGUCCUUCCAAGUUCAGAGCUCCUCAGGCACCAACCCAGCCUCCACUGUGAACCAACAGCAGAGCUUAUUCCAGGAACAGCAGCCAAUGCAAGUGACGCCCAGCUCCAGUCAGGUCUCCAACAGUCAGCCUGUGAAGCUCUUCAUACCACAGACAUCGCUAUCCAGCCUGCAGGGCACUAUUGGCUCACAAGAGCUGAAAAACGAUGCUGCAGCUCCUGCUGCUACCAUCUUCGUGGUCCAGGGCGGUGUGGGUGUGGUUGCCAGCCCAGGUCAACAGCCUCCAGAGCAGCUUUUCCAGACUGCAGUGGGCAGUGCUGUAGCUUCACAGGGACAGCCCAACCUGUUUGUUUUUGGCAUCCAGAAUGAUUCAUCGCAGCUGCUCAGUUCUUCUGGACCAAGCUUACCUACCCCGAGCCAGGCCCAGAACCCCGGUCACAUGCAGCCUCUGCUGGACCAGCCCAUGGUCCCUGCAGCCUCCAGCGUGCACAGCAACUUGCAAAACACCCUUCAAGCUCAAAUGCAAACCAGCCUUGAGAAUGCAAUGCAGUCAAACACCCAAACCGCUCCACAGUCUGGCUUACAGGUAUCAUUAGAAACAGGUCUGCACACUCCCAUGCAGACCAGUCUACAAACACAGAUGCAGAAUCAGAUGCAGACAUCUUUAUCUUCCGCAUCUACUAGAAAUAAAUUUGAAGACCUACUGGAGAGUCUACAGAUGCCGUGACAUUUUUGAAGAAGGUCGGCCCUGAGGAGAGGCAGCGUUGAAAGUUAAAAGGCGGCGCGUUGGUGUUUGUGCCAAUGCCAUCAACCCAGAGAAGAAUCAAAAAAAGUUUUGAGAACAAAAUUCUCUUUUACUGAAAACCUAAAAUACAGUAUGAAUUUCUGUGACAUUGUUUUAAAAAUCAUAUUUAUCCUUAAUUAUUCAAGCCUCCUCCCUCCGCCUUUGUAAUUUCCCCUCUAGCCGAUCGAAGAGUGGUAACUACUUAUCCAUUAAUCUGAAAAAUGCAGUGUUUUUGUUGUCAGUGUUUUAAUAUUGUGAGCCUAAGAGAUGAUAUAAACAUGUCGGUUCGGUGGAGAACACGAAGAGACGAAGAAUGUCAGCAACAUGGAAACGUAAUGUAGAGUUUUAAAAAAGGAAAAAGUUACAGAUUAAAUAUUAGAUUUUCACAGAUGUGCCAGAAAAAGGCCCAGUCUCAUUUUGUGUGUGUGUAAACUCCACGCUUCAUGGUCGGAACGGGAAAUUGUAGGGAUGACAUUUUUAUUAUAAUCACUUGAUUGCAGCUCAUUUUUUGCGCAUAAAAAUUGUCCAACCGUGUUUUUGCACAUGAACGACUUCUGUAAAAUCUACUCUAAGAGUACAGAUUACUUAAAAUAUAGAAUUCAUUGUAGAAUAACAUAAGGGUGUUUUUGUAGAACAUUUGCUGGUGGUCUGCACUUGGAGUCUCUCCCAGAGGGAGGAUAGUAAACAACGCUAUCAGCUCUGCUCCUCAAAAAUAAAACGACACAUCUCACCCAACGUGCGGCGUCUGAACAAUCAAGUUGUUUGGAAUUGCAGGAAAGGGCAGAAGGGAUGUUACGCGAUUGCAGAUGAGGUUAGUGAAUGAUGUGGGUUCAUGUUUAAUCCUCAUCCCUGGGUUUACAAAAGCUUUCUAGUGUUCAUUUUAUGUGUUCUCAGCGUUUUGAUUUUAAGAAGUUGCCGUGGAUAAAGAUGCUUUCCGCUAGUCAGAAGUGUGUUGUGUGUGAUUUUAGAAACAUUUAAUAUAAAAGCACUUGUAACUGCUUUAUAUUCGUCCACGGCUCCGUAAUGAACUCUUUAGAACGCAGGAAACUCCGUCCAGCAUAGAAAAAAGUAAAAAGGUGUAAGCAGCUGUGUUUGUAAUGAUACAAGCGUCUUGUUCGAGCAGUUUUACAUUUUAUCAUAAAUUAUUUUGUUUAGGCGUCAGACAGUUAAAUCCCUCUUUGUAUUCAGUCUCAGUGGUCCAGUGAAGCCCGUCCCAGAAAAUAAUUUUUUUUAAAUAGCCAUUCCCAUUAAAUCAGUUGUUUUUCAGUGUUUGAGUAGACCUACAAAAGACAUAAAGGUACUUUCUAUCGCAAGUCUCAUUAACAUUUCCACCAGUUUGACAAGUUACUUUUCUCUUUAAUUUCGGCCAAUUUGGCUCCAUGAAAAAAGGCCAAUUUUUAAGAAAUCAAUUGUUAGAAUUGUGUUGGUCAGAUGCAUUUGUUUACAUUUUCGUAGUCAUGCUCUUGUCCUGCAGCUGUUAGUGAUCCAUUUUAAAGUAACUUAUCUUUUUAAAAAGUUUGUACCAUGUAUCAAAAUGUAGAGUAUUUUUGUAAAAAUACAAACUAAGCUUUUUUUUUGUUCAUGCUCAUAGCACAGAGAAUAUCAUUACAGGUGUUUUCUCUGGAGAUGAGGCGCAGGUUUACUGUGAAGAUAGAAAUGGAUUUAAGCAGACAUUUAUUGUUAUUGCAUUGAAUUCAUACAAUCUGUAGAACAUAAUAUGUGGGCUCAGCUUUAUUUAACUUUUUUAUUUUAACAUCAUGCAUCUCAAAUGGCACUUUGACUCAUCCAUUUACUGUAGAUCAGGUUAGAGUGUGGUCGUGCCGUUUCCAAGCAUUCCAUAUUCCCUCUUGGUUGAGGGGAGAUGAAGAGCACAUGAUGUUUGUGGAAGCGCUGCAGAGAAAAGUCACGCCUCUUUAAGCCAUACCAACACAGAAAGCCGACCUGUGACUUCGCUCUCAUGAAUGUAAUUUGUACCUCAUGGUGUGGACACAUGGUUUGGUCUACAUCCAACAUCAGGCCAAUUCCAGUUUUCAAGAUCUUGUCUUUUGAGGCAGAGGGAAUAAGUGGGCGUGGCAAUGACUGCCACUUGUGUCGUCUUGGAUUGUGGUGAAAAAUGAAGUCCAGACCUUUUUAUUUUAGGUGAACCUCAAUCUUUUAACUGCGACUUCCACCCCAAAAAAAAGUCAAAAUAAAAGCGAGUGUUGAUUUCAUUGUGGUGAAACGAGCACACAAAACUACAUCAUUUGUGUUUGUCCUUGAGUCAUGUAAAUGAAUAUCCAUGUAUAUUUAAAUGUGAAAUAUACUGCAGGGGUAUCUUGAAUUUAAAUUGUGAUGCUUUCAACAGAACUUUGUGUGCCUUGAUAACUGACCCGUUGCUCUGCUGUGUUUACUGGCGUGCCCUUUUUGUCUCAUUUCUCCUUGGACCGUGUAACAAAACAUCAGGAAUUUGGUUGAUUCCUCAACCGAAGCAUCGCUCACGCUUGUGUUUUGUUUUCUCAACUCAUUGCAGGAUUUGUGCAGUUUUCAAUCAAGUGAACUGUCACCUUGUUUGUAGUUUUCUAUUAAUGUUUUUUCACGCCUCGUGAGAUUGGUUCAUGUGAGGUAAAGGGGAGGAGACCGUGGCGAUUGCUUUAUGACGAGCAUUCUUGUGUUGAUGUGCUUUUCAACAUUGUUGCUGUGAAAUAACUGAUCAAAAGGGGCAACCAUGAUAAAUUUACUGUUAACUGCCAAUAGUGUGAGCUGUAUCUUGAGCGUAAUCAGUGUGCUCACUUCUAGUUUGCUUUCUAUUUCUCAUCCUUCCAACAGUUCUGUUGUAUCGGUUUUGUGUAGCUUGAGCUUUAGUAUCUAGCCUUAAAGAUCCUGCAGUAGGGAUAAAGGUCAACCCCUGCGUGUACAUUUGAUCUAUUAACAUGUACUUUGCCUUUGUCUGGACAUUUGUAUACUCUUCUGUUUAUAUCUGUAAUCCUGCUGCUACAUUAAAUGAAUUAAUAAAAGUGUAAAACAAA